UACACAUGUGACUAGCUUUCUCAAUCAAAGCUCUAGCAAUGGCGCCGCCGCCAUCGUCCAAGCUCGCCCUCCUGCUCCUUGCCAUGGCACUGACGGUCUCCACAGUUCGCGGUUGCGGAUACAACUGCCCGUCCCCAUCUCCGCCGCCGCCGCCGCCAACACCGUCGUGCCCGGGAUACAACUGCCCGUCCCCGUCUCCGCCGCCGCCGCCCUCACCGCCGCCGUCGCCACCACCACCAUCAACCAGCUCUGGCUCGUGCCCGAAUCUGCAAGUGUGCGUCAAUGUGCUGAACCUGCCGAUUCUCAGUCUCGGCUUGUUUGCGAAUGAGUGCUGCCCGCUGCUCUACGGGUUGGCCGACCUGCAAGCUGCCGCGUGCCUCUGCGACGUCCUCGGCGGGGUCCUCGGCCUCCGCCUCGACGUCAUACUCCUCCUCAACCAGUGCAACAUUCGCUGCGAAUCCACCUACACCUGCCCGCGCUGAUCGAUCAACCGUACACAUAUAUGUGCUCUUUGCAAGUUUGCGUUCCAGUUCAUCUUAUAUCUCAGUCUUGUGCAUGAAUGCAUGCAACGGUGUUCACUAGGUAGAUACUCCCUCCGUUCGGAAUUACUUGUCGCAGAAAUGGAUGUAUCUAGAUGUAUUUUAAUUCUAAAUACAUCCAUUUCCGAGACAAGUAAUUCCGAACGGAGGGAGUACAUGCGUAAUCGUAAAAGUGUGUCUUGUUGCGUUGUUGGAAUUAAUACUGUACCAAACAUGCAUGCAUAUGUACGUGGAAUAAAAGUACGUUGAAGUUGUCUAACAA